AUGAAGCCCGCAGGCGGCGGCCCCACGGCAAGCCCAGAGUCCAAGUGCGCCAACACGUCCCUCGGCUUGCCGCUGCCCUGGGCCUGCCCGGACGACGUGCGGCUCUGCGGCCACCUGCGGAAGCAGAAGUCCCAGCGCCGCCGCUUCUUCGCCCUGCGCACCGAUCCGCCGCGCCUCGAGUGUUACGAGAGCGAGAAGCAGUUCCGCAGCGGCCGAGCGCGGCCCCAGCGCAGCGUGAGCCUGGUGGGCGCGUGCACCAUCAGCAAGCGCGCGGACGCGCGCCAGCGCCACUUGGUCGUCCUGUACACGCGCGACAGCAGCCUGGGCGUGGCGGCGGCCAGCGAAACGGAGCAGCAGGCGUGGUACAGCGCCCUGCUCGAGGUGCGCGCCGCCGCCGGUGAGGCCCGAGCCCCGGGUCCCAGCUCCCACGAGGACCCCGGGACCUGGAUCCUCUCUCCGUUCCAGGAUAUUUGGCCAGUGACUCUGCGGCCCAAGGGGCUGGGGCGGACCCGAGGCCUGGGCAGCGGCGGCUACCGCUUGUGCCUGGGUUCGGGGGCUCUGAGCCUGCUGCGGAAGCCUGGGGGCAGGGGCUCCCGGCAUACCCGGGCAUUGCCGCCACCCGCCCUGCGCCUGCCCCUGCUCAGCGUGCGCCGUUGCGGCCACGCAGACUCUUUCUUCUUCCUGGAACUCGGCCGCUCGGCGCCCACGGGUCCCGGGGAGGUGUGGUUGCAGGCGCCCGACGCUGUGGUGGCCCAAAACAUUCACGAGACCGUCCUGGCCGCCAUGAAGCGACUCGGGAGCGGUGGGGGCGGUGGCAGGGCUGAACCACUGCCCAGGGAUUCUCCAACGAGCGCCUCCAGACUCUCUGUCCCCCAACCUUAUGAGACCUCGGCCUCCGCGGCCCAAUCAAGCAGCCUGAGCCGUCGGGGGUGCCUGGGUGAGAGGAUCAAGCAAACAACCCUUAGGACCCCCGUGAGGCUAGGGGCGGCAGCCUUGUACUCUAAGAGGCUGGAUCCGGGCGGGGGCUACAUAAACAUGAGAGCCGGGAGUGACUACGAGCCCAUGGGGGGCGGCGAAGCGGGUGGCUACACGGUGAUGGCGUCCCCAGGCCUUUGUCCGGCCACUGCCAGCGCCGCUCCUGCUCCCAGCCAGCCUCUCCAGGACUGGGGGGACACCGAAUACGUGCCCAUGAACCGCUUUCUGCCAGGGUCCUUUUCCUUGAGCUCUCUGCCCCAUUCCUACAAGUCCGGGGCUGGGAAGCCUGGACCUGGGCUCCCGGGCGCCCAUCGCAGCGUUGGGGGAAGCUGGGGACUGGCGGGGGUUCAGCCCUGUUCCCUGCCGCCGUCCGAGCUGGCUGGGAAGUACGUGUACAUCGAGUAUGCGGCCCCAGACUGCGUAGGAAUGGCCACUGCCAGGCCGGACCCCCCCGACGGCCACCUCAACUACGUCGACUUGGACCUGGUUCCUCCUCUGGAGGCGGCGCGCGGCGACGUCCCCGGGGUCCCGAAGCUCCUCCCGCACAGCUACGCGCGCAUCGAGUUCUAGAACCUCCAGGAGGCGCCGAGUUUGUGCGUGCAGCCGGCUGUAUUUGGCGGUGCCACCUUGCCACCAAUGACAUUUGU